AUGACACACCAAGCUCCCGGUGCUGCAGGAGGAGGUGAUGACAAUGAUCUUGCGAAGAUGGUACAACUUCUCCAGGACAUCAAGCUUCAGAAUCAAGAGCAGAUGCAGAUUUUGAUCAACUCAGCCUUCAUCAGAUCGCCAAUCUCAGAUGGCAACUCUUCAAACUUCAAACGAUUGGCAUCACAUGCACUGAGGAGUCAACAACAAAGUUGA